AGAAAGUCAAAUAAAUUUAACAAGAAAAUGGCUACGCGCAUGAACUAAACAUGAAUGAAGUAUUUGUUGCAAAGUCUUUGCCGCGAAUUUUAUGGCGGUUGAUCAAGAUGCAUCCCCCAUUAAUAAUGUCACGUUCUUUUUCUACCGAUGGUGACUUUUAUUUCUCUUUCUUUUUAAGGAAAACUUCUAUUCUUUUAAUUAAGUUUAAGCCAACCAAAGGCAUUCUCCAUAUCAUAUGGUAAACGAUUCUACAUUUUUUAGUUAAAAAUAUUACUUUUUUACUAUAUAUGGCAGAUUUUUACACCUAUAAGUUGGUAUGCUAAAUGAAAUUUUCAAACUGAAGGCAUGUUCACAAAAAACGAAACAAGAAAUUAAAUUUAUGUUAAAUUAUAUAUUUAUGUUUAACAGAAUAAAAUAACUAUUAUUAAUUAUUAUAAAAAAAAAUAUAUAUAUCAUGUCAUUGGACUUGGAGAAUGUAAAUAAAACAACACUACCGUAUCAUAUAUUUUAUUUAAUUCAGAAAUAUGUCAUGUCAUUGGAGAAAAAUUAUAUAGUAUAGGAAAUAUGUCAUAGAUGAUUAUGAAAUAAUAUAGGCACCUGAAUUGCAGGUUUAGUUUACUGACUGAUAUGUGUUGUUUUAUUUGACCAAGUUGGUAUUCCAGCCUUCUAAAUUCAGAACUUGAACUUGAAUCCAAACUCAGUUUUAUUAUUGGCUUGAUUUAAAGUGACAGACAACAACCAGAUUUUUGUGAUUUUUAGGUACAGGUUUUCAUCCUACAGAUAAUAUAUAAAUAAUUUAUCCACACAAAGCUGUUUGCAAUGACCAAUUUUAAUCUGAAUUUCCACACAAUGCCAAUAUAAGUGAUUAUAACAUAGCAACAAUAAACUUCAUUGGAUAAUCUCACUUUUGCUGCAUCCACAUUCUGACAUGUUUCAUUCCUUCCUAAGUGAAUAUUCUGCAGUAGCAUAGUAUAUAGACACUUAUAGUUAAUACAUGUUUAUGAGCCAAAAAUGGUAGCUCACAAAUGGGGGUGUAGGAAGAAUGGGGCAGAGAUGGUGGUGUGCAACAAUCAGAAGAUGGAUAGCAACAUUGUGUGGGAAUAAAAAUUGGAUGACUAUGCAAAAAUGGCUGUAUUCUUAAAUUUAAGUUAUAGCAUAGCUAGUGGAACUUUUUAAAAAUAAAAAACCCCGAAUUAUUAAAGAAAGUCAUUUAUAGAUCUUGCUUCCUCAGAUCUAUACGACAGACAAGAAAAGCUUUCACGUUUUUCAUACUGGCAAUCCAAAUAUCAAGGAUGGCCAAAGGACCAUAGCUUUGACUGGUUUCCAGACUCCGGUUUGAUAGUAGAUACAAUUCUGGAUUCUUUGAAUGCAUUCAAUACGAGUAAGAGCAUAUAUAUUUAGUCAGAAUAUGUACCGUAUACAUAAUUGGAAUAGGUUGUUUUGAGUGCUACACCUGUUAGCAUGAAAACUAAUAAUAAUAAUAAUAGCUUAACAUAACAAAAUGGGUAGCUGGAACUGUGGUUCUGAAAAUUAGUUUUCAUGGGCUAGUGGAAUAGAAAUCUUUUUAAUGUACAAAUUAUAUUUUUAAAAAAAAAGAUGAGGCUAGCAUGACAAAAUAGCACAAGUUGUUAAAGAACUUAAAAUUGGGUCAUAAAUACUUUGGUAAUUUAGAAAAAUGUAAUGCCAAAAAAUGUAUCAAAACUAUUUUUCCUUUGCUAAAUGAAAAUUCAAAAUUUGAACUCAAUAAUGUUUAAAUUUAUAUCAGGAACCCCAAUGGAGCAAAGAGUCUGUGACAGCAGAGAAUGGUGCCUCUUCUAUUUAGACAUGGGCUGUGGAAAUUCUGAGCUUUCAUCGCAGAUUUUAGCUCAAGCAAAAGUCUCUGUGGCAGUAGUAUUAAUGGACUUUGUAUCUGAAGCUCUUCACCAUCAAAGGCAUAAAAUGUCAAAAAUAAUACCCUUGAAGACAGAGUCAUUUUUUUGUGCACUGUGCGCAGAUGUCUUACAUCUUCCAAUAAGUAACAGCUUGUUUGACCUCAUCAGUGAUAAAGGUACCAUUGGAAGAAUGACUAUUACUAUUACAACCACUUCGCCACUUGUAUUCUAAAAUAUAUUAAAAAAAUUAUUUUAAAAAAUCUAAAAACAGCACGAAAAAAAACAAAAAAAUAGUACAAAACUCACUAAUACUAGCAUUCAUUAUUCUUUCAUUUUUGGGAGUAAAACUUUUACCUUUAUUAUCUUGAAUCUCUUAUAUAUAUUUUUCUUGUGGUGUGACUGCUUCCAUUUCCAGAUAGCGUACAAAAUAUAAUUCCAGAUAUAUAUGCUAAAUGAUAUUUUUGUUAAAUAACACAACUGCAUUUGGUGAGUAAUAUUUUCUUUUUGGAAAAUAAUAUCAUCUCAAUUUAAAUAUGGUGUAGUAAAUAUUCGGUUUCAAAGUGGUUGGGACAUUAGAAUAUUAAUAUAGUGAAAUAAAAAGUGUGCAGUGACGUAUCAUGGGAAGGGCUGUAGCAAAAUUUGGGAUUCUUAAAUGUGCAUUACUUCAGUUCAUAUUUUAUCAAUUAACUUUAGUAGAUUGGAAGUUCAUGUAUUGCUGUCGCCAAUGUUUGGCAAGCUAUAACGAAUAACAAAUAUUUAAACAUGGUUAUAAUUUUUUAAUGAAUUUUAAAAAAAAAAUCAAGUUAGCAUUUUAUAUAUAAUUUGAGUCUUAUUUACUUUAAUCAUAUAAAAAAAUAAUUCAACCGCCAGCAUUUGAAAUCUUGUUUUAGACAGAUAAAAAAAUUUGACAUGCGCUUUUUAAGUGUCAUUUAAAGUAUGGAUUAAAUUGAAAAUUGAAUGUCAUUAAUUGAAUACAUUUCUAUAUCAUUGGCUAGGUACAAUGGAUGCCAUUUUAAAAGACAGAAAUCAAGGUCAUAUGAAAGCCAAAGUCAUGAUGUCAGAAAUCUUGAGGGUUCUUGCACCAGGGGGAAGAUACUUUCAGGUUUCUGAUGAAGAUCCUGAUACAAGACUUCUAUUCUUGGAGGAACUGUCUCAGAAAUGCUGUACUAUAAGUAAUUCACAUGCUGUUAUUGGGACACCAGUGGCAUGGAAUGACCAAAGUCCAUCUGAUACUACAAUUCUAGAAUCUACUAAACAUCAAAGCAUUUUUCAAUCUGAGUUAUCUGGCAAACUUUUGACUAGAUUAGAUAUUAUUAACAGUGCUGGCAAUAUUGUGAAUUUUCAAGACAUUAGUUUGCAAGGUGAUAGACACUUACAAGCUAGCUCUCGCAAUGAUACCAAACUAGGAACAGGUAUAAUUGCUGAAGGUGAUAAAAUAAACUUACCACAAACAUUUUCUGCUUGGUCCUUUAAAGUAAUUCCCAACAAAACUAGUGAAUACUUUCUCUACUGGCUGGAUAAAGAGGCGGGUCAACAUGGGUAAAAUGUAAAGUCAACUAUUUUUUAGUAGUUAGUACCAGUGAUUUGGUCACCUGGAUCGUUUGUGCAACAGGCGGUCUGUUGCAUAUGGGGGUCUACAUGACCCAGGCUAAACCUGCUGCCCCAUAAUUAGUAUGUGGGGAGGCUUCCAGUCCUGGGACCCGCACUAAUGGUUAUGAAGGUAGGGACCCAAAACUGGGAAUGCCAUUCUUUGUGAGUGUCAGGUUAAUGGUGCCAACUUGAUCCGCUUAAACUACCUUUGGCAGAAUUAUGUAAGUUUAAGUUACAUACUUUUGAUAAUCCUGGUUAAUGCUGGUUGAUUUCUUUAAACUCACUAAUUCUUUGCAAAGUAGGUAGAGAAUUUAUUAAUAUGUGUAACAAUUAAAAAUAAGGGAUACAAACAUUUUAUGCGGCAAUUUAAAUCAUUUAGGCGGUUUUACACUGAAAAUAUGCUUCAGUCCACUGACUUAUGUGUAGUAGUCUUCUAUAUCUUGAGUUCUUCUAUAUCUUGAGGGCCAACGAUCACUUUAUUGAUUACUCUCUCUGGCUCCUAUUUAUUUAGAGGAGAUUCGUGAUGUUUCUGUGCCUGGUAUUGAAAGGAUAUUCCACUGGUUGUAACAGUGAAAUUGAUCAGAAUGCAUCUAUGUAUAUAUAAAAAUCAUACAACAUGUAUGCUGAUCAUUUGUAAUAGGGAUGACUUUGUGGAUUGAUACAACUUGUUCUCUGAGGAAAUGUAAUUGAACGUUCUACAUAUUAUUUUAAACUAUUGUAUUCAUAAAUUGAUGACUCCAUAGCAGAAUGACUAUUCAUUAAAAAAUACCAC